UCAUAAUUAUAAUUAGAAUAGAUAAGCGUAUGGUGAGAUGAUUGAUAAUCCAAAAUUCUUUUCUCGAUUCGCUCCGAUCGCCGACGAAGUUUUCUAAUUAUCCCAAUUUUUCUCUAAGAUUGAAUGAAUGUAUUGAAAUGUUAGCUCGUAAAGUAAUGAAGAAAACAUUAAGAUGGAGAUUGAGAACUACACCUUUUGCUUUUGAGGAGCAAUUUAGUGGAUUUACUAGGAGUUUCGGAGCAGAAAACAACACUUCGUCUCUAAUCAAUUUGAGCAAGGAUAUUGAAGGAGGAGCAUUCCAAUUGCGAAGACAAAUGAGAAGUGAUUCAUCAUGUAAUCCUUUAUUUAAUCAAGAUCAUAGGGUGGUUAGAACAAGCAUUGUAUCUUUUUCUUUGUCAAAUCGUUAUUAUAGAAGCCAUGGACAUUUAAAAGACAUCAAAGACAAGUCCUUAGGAUCUGUCCCUGAAGUUGUCAAGAUAGUAGAAGUUAGCCCAAGGGAUGGACUGCAAAAUGAAAAGACAAUAAUACCUACUGAAGUGAAGGUGGAGCUUAUUAAAUUACUUGUUUCUAGUGGACUGCCAGUUGUUGAGGCUACUAGUUUUGUGUCUCCAAAGUGGGUACCACAGUUAGCUGAUGGAAAGGAUGUAAUUGAAGCAGUUAGGAACCUUACAGGGGUGCGCUUACCUGUUUUGACACCAAAUCUUAAAGGUUUUGAAGCAGCUGUUGCAGCUGGAGCCAAGGAAGUGGCAAUCUUUGCUGCAGCAUCCGAGUCCUUUUCUCGGUCUAACAUAAAUUGUAGCAUUGAAGACAGUCUUGCUCGUUAUCGUGAUGUUGCCCUUGCAGCCAAAAACCAUUCCAUCCCUGUUCGCGGGUAUAUAUCAUGUGUUGUUGGCUGUCCCAUAGAAGGAGCAGUGUCUCCAUCAAAAGUUGCAUAUGUGGCUAAAGAACUUGUAGAUAUGGGUUGCUUUGAAAUUUCUCUUGGUGACACAAUUGGAGUUGGUACUCCAGGUACUGUUAUUCCAAUGCUUGAUGCAGUAACUCAAGUUGUCCCUGUAGAGAGGCUUGCUGUUCAUUUUCAUGACACUUAUGGACAAGCUCUUUCUAACAUUCUUGUGUCGUUGCAAAUGGGGAUCAGCAUAGUGGAUUCAUCUGUAUCAGGACUUGGCGGUUGCCCAUAUGCCAAAGGUGCCUCGGGUAAUGUGGCUACUGAGGAUGUCAUUUACAUGCUCAAUGGACUAGGAGUGAAGACAAAUGUGGAUCUGAGAAAGCUUCUAUUGGCUGGAGAUUUCAUCUGCAAACAUUUGGGUCGCCCUUCUGGUUCUAAGGCUGCUAUUGCCUUGAGCAGAACAACAGCUACUGCCUCAAAGCUUUAAGGGACAUCUGAUGCCUUUGAAAAUUGUGCACUGCGUCCACUCUGAGGUGAAAGUCACUUCAGACCAACUUAACUGCACCAUUACUGUCACUCAUACCGUACCAUCAUUGUUGUCUUAUAUUAAACAUACCCAUGUCGAUGUGUCACCUAGUCAGUGGCAUAGCGACAGACUGAAGGGUAGUCGGUUGAACACUCUUGUUGGAAUAUUAUUCUGUGUAUAGAGAAAAUAAUACAGCGUAUGUUGGUUAAAAAUUACUUCUUUUAAAUAAAUAUCAAAUCUUGAAUAGUCUUAGCAAAAUUCCUGGCUUCACUACCGGUCCUAGUGACUGACGGUAGAACCUUCAUAUUGGCGUGCUGGGUUGGGCACUUUGGAGGAUUUGGGAGGAAGUGUCAGACAUGAAAAGAAAUUAUUUUGUAAGAACUAGAGAACUGCAUGGGUUGUUCUUUUAAAGGCUGAUGGUGGGAAGGAAAAGUUCUCUAUUGAGAACCACAUGGAAGGUUGUAGACAUAUAUGACGCAACUCACUACCUGUAACAAGUUCAUUUGUGCUGAUACCAACUGUCAAUGAAUCGAAAGGUUAAUUGCCAGUGAGUCUGAAUCUCUGUAUGAUAUUUUUGUCAUUGACAAUAACAGGUCAAAUAGUUCUCUUAGUCGUCGACACUUGACAUAGUGCCAAUGUUCUCUUGCCUUGGUGCAACUGGAUUAGAACUUCAGAUAUUUUUAAUAUCUUCAUAAUCAUCUGAAAUACACUGUUAGAGAGCAGAGAAAGCAGACAGAAAAUGAAUGGUGGUAGUUUUUAACUAUGCUGUUCUGAAUGUUUAACAACAUUUACAACUCCAGGUAUUUAUUGACUUCACAGGGUUGUACUGAGGGUACGUAAGUUGUCGGGGAAUUCUGGCUUUUUACUUUGCUGUAAUUAAUCAUGUAAAAAUGUUGUUACUUCCUCGUUCUUCAUUCCAUUUUAUGUGAUAUAUAUUUUUCUUUUUAGUCUUA